CGCACGCGUCGCAGGCCUUCCCUCGCAACCGAGCACACACACACACACUUACAGACUUACCACAGCACAGGCUGUAUAACAUAUAAAACGUAUACAUCGUUUGCACCGCGAGUUACACCGCAAAGUCGCUUUUGCGAGAUUGUGAUUGUGCCUUGGCCCUGGAAGAGCGACGCUUUUUUUAUCCCUCUUUGGGUUUCGGGUAGAUAUACCCUUGAGUCGUUUUGCUGCGGCUGUUGUUUCUCCGUGGGGACCGGAUACGAGUGGAACAAUACAAGUGCUCGAGGAGCUAGAGUAAAGAUGGACGUCACCGAGACUAGCAACAAAAAACUACCCAGCAUCCCGGAAUGGUACCGAGGCAGGGAAGUUCUCGUCACCGGUGGUACGGGCUUCAUGGGCAAAUGUUUGGUGGCUAAGCUGCUCUUGGACUGUCCGGAGGUGGAAAAAAUUUACCUCAUCGUCAGAGAGAAAAAAGGAGUUCUUGCUAAGAACAGACUGGCACCGCUCAUACAGCAAGAACCAUUCAGACAGAUACGUGAAAAAUACUCGUCGAGAUUGAAAAAGCUAUGCGUCGUCGCUGGCGAUACAACAUUGGACGGACUAGGAAUGUCUCAAGCGGACGCAGAACUAAUAAAAAAUAAUGUCAGCGUUAUUAUUAAUAUGGCAGCCAACGUGCGUUUCGAUCAACCCCUCAAGAAUGCAGUCACCAUGAACACAAAAGGCACUAUGAACGUAAUCGCCUUUGCGAAACAGGUAAAAAAUCUCGAGUCAUUCGUUCACGUGUCAACGGCCUACUGUCAUUGUAACGUCCCCGAGCUCGAAGAGCGCUUCUACUCCUUGGAAAUGUCACCCGAAGAAGUCAUCAAGAUCGUCGACCAGACUUCCGACGACGUGCUCGAAACGAUGACGGCAAAGCUGCUCGGCGAGCAGCCCAACACUUACGCUUUCACAAAAGCUCUGAGCGAAGACCUUGUGAGGAGAUCUGGCCUACCUGCCGCGGUGGCGCGACCGUCGAUCGUUUCCGGAUCGUACAAGGAACCGGACUACGGAUGGGUGGACAACAUGAACGGACCGACCGGCUUGAUGGUCGGAGCGGGCAAAGGCGUGAUAAGGACGAUGCUGUGCAAGACGAGCUGCACCAUCGACGUGAUACCGUGCGACAUGGCGGUGAACGCGACCAUUGCCCUGGCUUGGCAAACCGGCCUCGAGAAGCCCAAGAUACCGACCGUCAUGAAUCUGACGUCGAGCGGCGAGAAUCCCAUCACGUGGAAAUACGCGCUGGACACUGGCCGAAAGCACGUCUUGGCCAAUCCGUUUUCAGGUCCAUUGUGGUAUCCGGGCGGAGGCAUGACUUCUUCAAAGCUCCUACACAUAAUAUCCGUUUUCUUUCUACACACCAUACCCGCUUAUUUUCUGGAUGCUUUGAUUAUGCUGACAGGAAAUAAGCCAUUUUUAGUCAAAGUCCAGGCGCGCGUUACUUACGGCAUCAAUCUAGUUUAUUAUUACACGACCAAGGAGUGGGUUUUCAAAAAUGACAGAUUGAAGGCUCUAAGAGAAAGUAUACUACCCGAAGACAAAGAGAAAUUUUUCAUGGACAUCAAUGUGAUCUCGUGGGACGACUACAUGCUAAAGUACAUCCUGGCGACGCGCAAGUAUUGUCUCAAGGACGAUCCGUCGACCCUGCCCAGGGCUCGCCGAGUUUUUGCCUACCUCUACACCAUUGAUUUAUUCGCCAAGAUCUGCUUCGUGUUUCUCAUCGGCUGGUUCUUGUAUUCGUGGAUAGUAUCCGAAAAGAUGACGAUUGCAGCAAAACCUGAUAUGGCGUGGACGUAAAUCUUCUUUGAAAAUCGUGCCACGAAAAUUUACGAUCGUGCUAAUGAAACUAUAUUGAGGUUGUCGCUAUUUUUCAAGUCGCUUGAGAAAAAUUUUGCUUUAAAAAUUGCUAAUUGAUGGUUAAUAUUGGAAAAAAAAUUUUUCUAAAAAUAACUGAUAUUCAUGUAACUUUAAUCUGACGAAGGACUGAAAAUCUUUUUGGAUUGAUUAAUCCUCUUGAAGAACAUUUUUUAAUAAAUCGAAGCAAUGUGCGAAAAUUCAAAAUAUACAUUUUUCAUACAAUAAGUCUUAUGAAAUACUUUUAAAUAUUUAUUUUUAUCUCCAGGAUUUUUUAAAUCUUAAUAUUUGACGAUUAUUUCGUAUAUUUGGUGCUAUCGGUCAUUGAACUCUUUGAUA